UUAAGGGGCUGGAGUUUAAAAAGCAAUGGAUGUCUGACCUAAACACUCCUCAGGCUUUAAAAGACAUUUCCUCCCACACCAAUUCUCCCUCUCCCCCUCUCUCUGCUUUUCUUUUCUUCUCCUUUUUUUUUUCUUUGACUCACUCUCCCUGUCAGAAUCGGAGCUGAGCCCCAGCCUGAGCUGUGAGCGCUGAGGGAAGAUAAGGAGCUCUGGCUGAGGGAGGAUUGACGGCGCUGAGUGCCACCUUGCUCGGAGCAGCGACGGAAGACGGAGCGAAGCAUCCUCCUUUCUUCUUCUUCUUCUUCUCCUGCUUUCCCCUCCAGCCAGCCGAGCUGAACUAGGAAGGAAUCUGGAGGAGCUCCACAUGUUGAAUGCAGAAAAUCUGAUCUGAUUUGAUCCAAACACAGACUGUCCUCGUGGAUUGCCCCUCAAGCCAGAGGUCCAUACAGAUAUUUUUUUCGCCCGUACCUUGCCCCACAUCAAUCAUGGGCGCACAAAGUCUUCUGGGCUGCCUUCUUCUGUUUACUUUGAUGAGUUUAUCAACUGCUGGGCUUGUCAAGAAAGUCCUCCGCUAUCGACGACAGACUCUUUCUCCCCAUACAGAACACAAUGCCACCCUUCCCAGUGUAGGCCACCCAAUGGUUUUCAGCCAUGUUUAUAACAUCAACGUUCCUGCAAGUUCCCUGUGCUCGGUGGACCUGGAGGCAUCAGAGGGCACCCAGGUCCAUCCCAAAGACGUAACGGCGGUCCCUCCAGGCCAUCACGUCACCGAACAUACGCUUAAUGGGGAAAACCAGAUUGUGUUCACCCAUCGCAUCAACAUACCUCGGCAGGCCUGCGGUUGCACCGAUGACUUUCCAGGCCUGAAGGACCUCGUGAGUCGCCUGGAGAUGCUUGAAGGAGAGGUUUCAGCUUUGAGGGAUCAAUGCAGCAGUGAGCAGCUCACAGGUAAGUUGGGAACAAAACCGUACUGCAGUGGCCAUGGGAACUACAGCGCUGAAACCUGUGGUUGCAUAUGUGAUCCUGGCUGGAGGGGACCCAACUGCACUGAGGCCGAGUGUCCUGGGAGAUGCCAGGACCGUGGUCACUGUGUGGACGGAAAAUGUGUGUGCUAUAAGGGCUUCGACGGAGAAGAUUGUGCCCUCGAGACCUGCCCUGUGCUGUGUGGAGCCCACGGCCACUGUGUGGGAGGCGUUUGUGUCUGUUCCGAUGGUUUCUUUGGCGAAGACUGCUCUCAGAGCCGGUGCUUGAACAACUGCCUGGGCCGCGGUCGCUGUGAGGAGGGAGACUGCGUGUGUGACGAACCUUGGACUGGCUUUGACUGCUCCGAACUCAUCUGUCCCAAAGACUGCUACGACCGCGGACGCUGUGUGAACGGCACCUGCCACUGCGAUGAGGGCUUCAGCGGGGAGGACUGCGGAGAACACUCUUGCCCCAACAACUGCCGCGGCAAUGGGUUUUGUGUUGACGGCAAAUGUAUUUGCACUGCUGGGUACAGUGGGGAAGAUUGCUCUCAGCUCACCUGCCUGAAUGACUGUAAUGGCAGAGGAAUGUGCUUCAAUGGACUUUGCAUCUGUGACUCAGGGUAUCAAGGUGAGGACUGCAGCCAGCUUGCGUGUCUGAAUAAUUGCAACAACAGAGGUCAGUGCAUCAACGGACGGUGUUCUUGUGAUGUCGGGUUCCACGGAGACGACUGCGCCGAGCUUUCCUGUCCGAACAACUGCCGGCUGAAGGGGCGCUGUGUCAACGGCCAGUGUGUCUGUGACGAAGGCUUUGCAGGUGAAGACUGUAGCGUGCGCAUCUGCCCAUCAAACUGCUACGGCCGUGGGGAGUGCAUCAAAGGACGCUGCGUGUGCCACGUAGGCUUCGUCGGCGACGACUGCAGUCAACUGAGUUGCCCGAACAAUUGCAGAAACCGCGGUCGCUGUGUCGAUGGACAAUGCGUUUGCGACGAAGGGUUUAGCGGGGAAGACUGUGGCAAGAAAGCUUGUCCCAACGACUGCCUGGCACGCGGUCACUGUGUAGACGGCAAGUGCUUCUGUCAGGAGGGCUACAUGGGAGAUGACUGCUCUGUGCUGGCUUGUCCGGACAAUUGCAACAACAGGGGGCGUUGCAUCAAUGGGAGGUGUUUGUGUGAGAGUGGAUAUGAAGGGGAGAGCUGUGCAGACCUGAGCUGCAUCAACAACUGCCAUGAUAAGGGCCGCUGCGUGAAUGGCCAGUGCUUCUGCGAUGAGGGGUAUGUCGGAGAGGACUGCUCUGAAGUGUCUCCUCCUAAGACCCUGACUGUCGGGGAAGUCAGCACCGAGACCGUGGACCUGUCCUGGAACAACGAGAUGCUGGUCACAGAGUACCUCAUCACAUAUGUCCCCACCAGUCCCGGGGGCCUCCUCAUGGAGUUCACUGUUCCUGGAGAUAAAACUGCUGCCACUGUUAAAGAGCUCGAACCUGGCAUUGAAUACCUGAUCAGCGUCUACGCGGUCCUGAGCAACAAGAGGAGCAUUCCUGUCAGCGCACGAGUGGUUACAGAUCUCCCACAACCAGAAGGCUUAAGAUUCAAGUCAGUGAGAGAAACCUCUGUCGAAGUUGUCUGGGACCAGCUGGACAUUUCCUUUGACAGCUGGGAGAUUUAUUUCCGCAACACGAAAGAAGAAAACGGAAAAGUCGUGAGCACCCUUCCGCCCUCCCAAACCGACUUCCUCCAGUCUGGGCUCGGACCAGGACAGGAGUAUGAAGUCUCCAUCAACAUCGUAAAGAACAACACCAGAGGGCCCCAAACAUCCAAAACUGUCACCACCAAGAUUGACAGUCCCGGGCAAGUGGAGGUGAAGGAUGUCACGGACUCCUCGGCGCUGAUCAGCUGGAAUUUGCCGGUGGCUCCGGUGGACAGGGUCACCAUGUUUUACAUGCCCAGCUCCGACCCCUCAGACGAAACCACGGUGGACGUUUCCCCACCAGACAAACAGUACAACACUGACAAUCUGAGGCCGGACACGGAGUACACCGUGUCGAUCAUCUCCAGGCGUGGAGAGGCAACCAGUGACCCUGUCACCACCACGUUUACUACAGCUCUGGAUCCCCCUACAGACGCGCAGGCUGCGUCUCAGACCGCUGACAGCAUCACUCUGGAGUGGACCAACAGUCAAGCUGAUGUCAGCAGUUAUCGGGUGAAAUACAGUCCCAUCUCUGGUUCCGCUCACGGCGAGAAAGUCUUCCCACGAGGAUCAGGACACACCACACAGGCUACCAUCACUGGCCUGAAGCCGGGGACGGAGUACGGAGUGGGAGUGACAGCUGUGAAGAAUGAAAGAGAAAGCCUCCCUGCCACUACAAACGCAGCAACUGACCUCGACCCCCCCAGAGACUUCAGAGAGGUCCGCUCCACGGAGACGUCGCUCGCCGUCGCCUGGCAGAAACCCCAGGCCAAGGUCGGCGGCUACAGGCUGGCGUACAUGUCCAGAGACGGCCAGGCGGAGCAGGUGGAGAUCCCAGCCUCUGAAAGCACCUACGUGCUGCCCAACCUGAUUCCCGGUAUGAGCUACACGCUGACGCUGGCAGCAGAGCGGGGACACAGGAGGAGCAAACCCGUCUCCCUGACGGCGUCCACAGCCACUUUCACUUUUUAUUUAGCUGCCUCAGACGACCGUGAACAGAGGACCCCUACAGGCUCGGAGGGCAAUGUCACUAGCUCUGUUAUUUUAGACCCACCAGAGUCACAGAUUUCCGAGACGGAGGCCGAGGAUGAGCGUGGAACGCUGACCGCCUCGAGCGCUGCGUCCGACGGACUUGACCUCUCUUGGGAGCUAAAAACUCCCGGCGCCUCCGACAGCGUCGCCGUACGGUAUAAGGACGCUCAGAUAUCGCGGGACGGGAGCGAGGUCCAGCUCCCUGGAGAUUCCCGUGGGGCCGGAGUCGGCAGCCCAGAGCCGACAGCAGAAUAUCAAACUGAGUUGUUUGGAAUAAAGAGUAGCCAGGGACCUGCAGUACCUGAAGCUGUUGCGGUUACAGCACCCCCAGACGUUCUCGCGCUGAGCAUCAAAGAAGCCUCGAUGGCCCCAGAGCCCGCCGAGGAGCAAGAGAGCCUCAAACGUGUCGACAAGGUUCACAGUGAAUCGCCUUCAGAAAACGAUGCGAUGGUUUCUGGGGCCGAGAUCGAAAGCUCGGGCAUGGAGCUGAUAAGCGGCCUCGCGGUCAACGUUACCGCCACAAGCGUGAGCCUGGCGUGGUCGGCGCCCGACGACGCGUUCGACAGCUUUUUGGUGGAGAUGGUUGCCGUGUCGGCUGCAGCGGCGCAGCCUCAAGCGAACGAAUUGCCCGGGAGUUUUAGGAAGGCCGAAAUAGAGGGGCUGUUGCCCUCGACGAUGUAUGAAAUAACACUGCAUGGGCUGAUGGAAGGGAGGCGAUCUGUACCGCUCAGAGUUUUUACUGCAACAGCGGGGCUGGAGCCAGCACUAGGGAACCUCGUCCUGUCUGACAUUACAUGGGACAGCGUCACAGCAUCCUGGAGCCCCACAGGGGGAGACUUUGACAGCUUUGUCAUUGAGGUAAUAAACAUGGAGGAUCUCGCAGAGAGACAGAACCUCACUCUGUCCGGAGAUGCGUCGAGCCUGGUCCUCUCCGGAUUGAAUCCCAAUACCAACUACAUGGUUGGCUUGUACGGGAUGCAUCAGGGCUCCUACCUCGAGCCCCUGUACCGUGAAGCCACAACAGUUAUUAGACCAGUGGUUGGCAAACUGUAUGUCUCAAACUUAACGUCCGAAAGCUUUACGAUCCAUUGGAACAGCACUGACAGGCAGUUUGAUGGUUUUGUUCUGGAGAUAAUUGACUCAGACUGGCUCAUGGAGCUGAAGGAGUACAACAUUUCUCAAAAUGUAUCGGCCCAUGAUGUCACAGGGCUCAGGCCCAGCACUGAUUACAUAGCCUACCUCUAUGGGACGUACAAGGGAUCUCGAACACGACCUGUCAGUAUUGUUGCAUCAACAGCUGAGGAGCCCGAUUUGUCCAAUCUAGUUGUUUCCAACGUUACCUCAGACAGAUUCUCUCUGUCAUGGCGAACGAGAGAGAAGGCCUUUGAUACGUUUGUAGUCGAAGUCAGAGAGUCUGCUUUGCCGUCGCAGGCGAUGGGGCGCACUCUGCCCGGAGAUGUUCGCGCCACGGUAAUGGCGGGGCUCAAAGCGAACACGAGCUACGAUAUAAAGCUUUAUGCCAGUAAAGGCGGCAGGCAGAACACACAGCCUCUCCUGGCUGUAGCUACUACAGAGGACGUCCCGCAGUUGGGGCCGAUAGUUGCUUCGUCUGCUAACCCCCAUUACCUCAGCUUGUACUGGAACACAUUGUCUGGCCACUUUGAUGGCUUUGUUGUCCAGGUUAGUGACUCGGAGCAGAAGUCUGACACGUUGGAGUUCAGGCUGCCCGGUGAAGCCCGUAACAUUACAAUCCCUAACCUGAUGGAUGACACGGGCUAUGAUAUCGAAGUGUACGGUAUUUCUCAUGACCGUCGCACUCCAUCUAUGUUCGUCCAUGCUGUCACAGCUCCUUUACCUAAAGUGGAAAACUUGACCAUAUCCAACGUAACCCCCUACGGUUUCAGAGCAUCCUGGGAAAUGAGGCAGCAGCCACCGCCGCCGCAGCAGGAGGAGUUAUCCCCCUCUGGUGGCGGUUUUAGCCACUUUCACAUAGUGGUGACAGACUCAGGCUGGCUGCUGGAGCCUCAGGAGUUCACCGUGCCAGGAGACCAGAGUCACCUGGACAUCUGGGGCCUCAUCACCGGCAUUGGCUAUGAGGUCAAGCUAACCGGCGUGUCUGAGUCGGGGCUUCUCUCUCGGCCCCUGACUACGGUGGCUGUGACAGAGGCAGAGCCGGAAGUGGACCAGCUCUUCGUUUCGGACAUCACGGCCGACGGGUUCCGCCUGUCGUGGACGGCCAACGAAGACCAGUUUGACAGAUUUGUGAUCAAAAUAAGAGACAGUAAAAGAUUAGCUCAUCCGCAGGAGUACAACGUCCGCGGCAGUGAGCGAACAAAGGUCAUAACUGGGCUCAUGAGUGGCACCGAGUAUGAGUUUGAGCUCUACGGCCUCACGUUGGACCAGCGAUCCCAGCCUAUAACGGGGGUUGCUCAGACAGGUCUGAGUGCGCCGAGAGGACUGCAUUUCACCGAGGUGACGGACUCCACGGCUGUAGUUCACUGGUCCAUUCCACGUUUUCCGGUGGAUAACUACAGGAUCACCUACGUGCCCUUUGAAGGAGGAAGCCCAUUGAUCGUGACGGCGGACGGCGGCGUGUCUGAGAUGGUGCUGAUCAAUAUGUUUCCCGGAAAGACGUACCAAGUGACGCUGAGUUCCCUGAAGGGUCUGGAGGAGAGUGAGCCCAGCACCGGCACAGUUACCACAGCUUUGGACAGUCCGCGAGGUCUGACUGUCAUCAACGUCACGGACACGUCGGCUCUGCUGCUGUGGCAGCCAUCUGUAGCCACUGUCGACGGCUACGUCAUCACCUGCAGCUCCGACGCAGUGUCCCCAGUGGUGGAGCAUGUUUCUGGGAACAUAGUGGAGUUCCAGAUGAACACAUUGGUUCCAGGAACUCUCUACACGGUUGGGGUUUAUGGUGUGAAAGAAGCUCAGAGGAGUGCGUCCACUGUUACUAAAUUCUCCACGGACGUGGAUCCUCCUCGCGACCUGAUGGCUGUUAACGUUCAAACGGACAGCGCCACUCUGACAUGGCAACCCCCUACCGCUGCCGUCUCUGGCUAUGUGCUAACCUUCUUCUCUUCUGAUGGUGCAAUCAGAGAGGUAAUGCUAAGCCCCACAGCGUCGUCUUACAGCAUGUCUCAGCUCACUGCCUCGACAGAGUACAGUGUCCGCCUUCAGGCCAUCUCCGGAGGUCAGAGGAGUCGCUACAUAACCACCACCUUUUCCACCAGUAAAGCUGGACAGAUGUACGCUCGCCCCCGGGACUGCGCUCAGAUUCUGUCGAAUGGGGAGACCACCUCUGGUCUGUACACCGUCUACAUAGGAGGAGAGGAGAGCCAGCCCGUUCAGGUUUACUGUGACAUGACCACAGAUGGCGGAGGAUGGUUGGUUUUCCUCAGGCGCCAGAACGGAAAGCUGGAAUUCUUCAGGAACUGGAAGAGCUACACAGCUGGCUUCGGGAACAUGAGUGAUGAGUUCUGGCUGGGUCUCUCCAACCUCCAGAAAAUCACAUCUCUGGGACAUUACGAGCUGAGGGUGGACUUGCGAGACAACGGAGAGUCGGCCUACGCGCAGUAUGACAAGUUCACGCUUGCCGAGCCGAGAACACGAUACAAAGUCUACUUAGGAGCUUAUAGUGGAACAGCAGGCGACUCCAUGUCCUACCAUCAGGGCCGGCCCUUCUCCACCUACGACAACGAUAACGACAUCGCUGUGACCAACUGCGCCUUGUCCUACAAAGGUGCCUUCUGGUAUAAAAACUGCCAUCGUGUGAACCUCAUGGGGAAAUACGGUGACAGCAGUCACAGUAAGGGGAUAAACUGGUUCCACUGGAAGGGCCACGAACACUCGAUCGAAUUUGCAGAAAUGAAGAUUAGGCCAGCCAACUUCAAUAACCUGGAGAGCAGAAAAAAGCGAUCGUAAACUCCCGAGACAACCCCACUCCAGACCCUUCCACUCCCGCACCUUAUAGUCUCCGAAGAGCGCCCCCUGGCUUUUGGAAUCACUCUCUAAAACAACACACACACACACACACACACACACACACACACCAGCACAGUGUGACUUACUGGAGUCCAGUUCGGACUUUUACAAAACAGUUCGGUAAAAUCACAUCAGCGACCCAGAUUGGCAGUUAGUUCUCCUGGUGUGAUUUCCUGUUGACCUGUUGUCUUUUUAAGAGUCCUGUAAAUGAACAAUAACGCCCCCUGCUGUAUCCCAGUGACAUUGUAUAUUGAAUUAAUUUUCAAAUAAGCAACAACAACAAAAAAAAUUCUUUUUGAUAAGCAUAAAUUAAGUGUUUAUUGUGAAACCACUCACCUUGGUGUUCAUAUUUAAAAUCUGAUUUAUUUUUUAUUUUUCUUUGAUUGGAAAGAAAGCAGCAUCCGGUGCUCUGUAUACAAAUAAAAUGGUUUGAUACGUGGGA